CAUCAGUAACCAUCAUGGACUUCACCAGGUUCACUGUCCUCCUUUUAUUCCUGUGGACUGUAGAGGGACAGACCGCAAUCACACAGCUUCCAAUCAUGACUACAGCAGAACCACCCACAACAGAAAUGACAACCACAAACACCUCCACCAUCACCACGGAAACGACAACCACAGCAGAUCCGAUCACAACAACCCUGACCACCACCACGGAAACGACGACCGCAGCGGAAACUACCACGACCAUCCCAUCCACCACCACAGAAAUGACAACCACAAUGGAUCUGACCACAACAAACACAACCACAACUACUGCUACCACAACCACACCACUGCUGACCAUGACUACAACUACCACCAUCACACCAGUGCCAACCACGACUACCACAACCACACCACUGCCAACCACGACUACAACUACCACCACCACACCAGUGACAACCACAACUACCGCUACAACUAUGACUGCAACCCCCACCACGCCAGAAGCCCCCACAACCACCACCACCACACCAGAGCUAACCAUGACUACCACAACCACACCACUGCCCACCACGACCACAACUACCACCACCACACCACUGCCAACCACGACUCAUCACCACCACACCACUGCCAACCACAAAUACAACCACCACAACACCACUGCCAACCAUGAAUUCAACCACUGCCACAACACUGCCAACCACAAAUACAACCACCACCACACCACUGCCAACCAUGAAUUCAACCACUGCCACAACACUGCCAACCACAAAUACAACCACCACCACACCACUGCCAACCAUGAAUUCAACCACCGCCACACCACUGCCAACCACGAAUACAACCACCACCACACCACUGCCAACCACGAAUUCAACCACCUCCACACUGCCAACCACAAGUACAACCACCACAACACCACUGCCAACCAUGAAUACAACCACCACCACACCACUGCUAACCAUGAAUACAACCACCACCACACCACUGCCAACCAUGAAUUCAACCACCACCACACCACUGCCAACCAUGAAUUCAACCACCGCCACACCACUGCCAACCACGAAUACAACCACCGCCACACCACUGCCAACCAUGAAUACAACCACCACCACACCACUGCCAACCACGAAUUCAACCACCUCCACACUGCCAACCAUGAAUACAACCACCAGCACACCACGGCCAAACACAAAUAUUACCACCACCUCACCACCGCCGACCAUGAAUUCAACCACCGCCACACCACUGCCAACCACGAAUACAACCACCACCACACCACUGCCAACCACGAAUUCAACCACCUCCACACUGCCAACCACAAGUACAACCACCACCACACCACUGCCGACCAUGAAUUCAACCACCGCCACACCACUGCCAACCACGAAUUCAACCACCUCCACACUGACGACCAUGAAUACAACCACCACCACACCACGGCCAACUAUGAAUACAACCACCACCACACCACUGCCAACCACGAAUUCAACCACCACCACACCACUGCCGACCAUGAAUUCAACCACCUCCACACUGCCAACCAUGAAUACAUCCACCAGCACACCACGGCCAAACACAAAUAUUACCACCACCUCACCACUGCCAACCACGAAUUCAACCACCACCACACCACUGCCGACCAUGAAUUCAACCACCUCCACACUGCCAACCAUGAAUACAUCCACCAGCACACCACGGCCAAACACAAAUAUUACCACCACCUCACCACUGCCGACCAUGAAUUCAACCACCGCCACACCACUGCCAACCACGAAUACAACCACCACCACACCACUGCCAACCACGAAUUCAACUACCUCCACACUGCCAACCAUGAAUACAACCACCACCACACCACGGCCAAACACAAAUAUUACCACCACCUCACCACUGCCAACCAUGAAUACAACCACCACCACACCACGGCCAAACACAAAUAUUACCACCACCUCACCACUGCCAACCAUGAAUACAACCACCAUCACACCACUGCUGACCAUGAAUUCAACCACCGCCACACCACUACCAACCACAACCACAGGAAAACCUACUAUUACAACACCAGCCCGGCCCGUGCUAUCCGUGCUCGCCAGCCUAAAUGUUUCCCUCCGAGUUGCAGCAGGCCUGAACGAGACCGUUCUGGAGGAGACCCUUCAGAAUGCAACAGCGAGACUCGAGCUCUAUUUGAAAAGUAAUUACAGCGAUUUCAGCUCUCUGAGAAUCAAGAAUAUCAGAAAAGUAUCUGUUGGUUAGUCUCAGUGCUACGCAACCAUUUUGAAAACAAUAAAAUGAGAAUUACUGAGUAUAUAUAUUUUUUAUUGGUUCUUCUACGACAGGGGUGUCCAACAUGCGAUCCAAGUUCCACAAUAACAUUUGUAAAAUUAAUAUGUACUAGACCUUCCAAAAAUACUUAAAAUUCUUUGGAAUCACAUGAUAAUAGUCAGAUGUACACUUGAACACACACUGCACCAAAAAAAAAAAAUACAAAAAUAUGUAUGACAUUAGAAAUUUAAGAUUCAAUAUAACUUUUUUUAGUUUUUACAUUUUUACAUACGCCACCCUCAAACCAGUUCAAACCAGUAAUGAAGCUCUUGGAGAAAGAAGCUGGACAUCCUUGCUAUAUGGACUUAAAAAUGUUUGUCAUAUCACAAUUAAAGUGAAUCGCAAAAACUUUAAUAAACUAGGCAAAUGGAUUGGUAUUGUGUUUAGUGAUAAUUCAAAUAAUUUCUAUUUCCCUCAUCUAACAACUGUAUUGUUUCAUUAUAUUAUUUCCCUCAACGUUGCAUUUGUCUCCUCUAAUGAAGAAAAACAGUGAGUAUUGAAACAAGGUAGAUCAAUAUAGUACCGUAUUAAUCAAAAAGUCUGUCUCUUUAUAUACAUAUUUAUCAUAAAAAGGGCUCAUUGACAUAACAAAUCUGACUUUUCUCUGUGCAUAUUCCUCAUGAAGUAAGUUUAAAUACAACUGGCAUACUCUUAUAGAGAGAUAAAAAAAUUUUGACAGCAAGAAUAAAACAUUUCCAAACAAUGUGUGUAAUAUAUAUUCAUUUUGAAGAGAAUGUUUUGUAUAAGUCAUAUGAUGACAGCAAAAGUUUUUCUAUUGAUGUAUUGUAUUUGUUGUAGUAAAUUAAAGUA